ACUAAUGUUUACGGGCGAGCACGUGUAGUAGUGUCUGCGUAUCACAGUACUGUUUUUGGUGUCUCUCCUUCAACAGAAUGCCUAAAGCUACCAAAACGCGUAAAUUCGCGCAGAUGAAGCGGAUGAUCAGCCUGAGAGACCAGAGACUAAAAGAAAAAGACAGACUACCGCCGAAGAAACCCAAGAAAGAGGACCCGCACGUAGUGAAGGUUACAGAAGCCCCGCAGUAUUCGUCCGCUUUGUUUUUCAAAUACAACACACAACUGGGGCCACCGUUUCGGGUGCUGGUGGAUACAAAUUUCGUCAACUUUUCCGUCAAGAACAAGUUGGAUGUGAUCCAGUCCAUGAUGGAUUGCUUGUAUGCCAAAUGCAUUCCCUACGUCACUGACUGUGUAAUCGGAGAGCUGGAAAGGCUUGGCGCCAAGUACAGAGUUGCUCUCAGAAUCGCGAAAGAUCCUCGGUUUGUCCGGUUGCCGUGCAUGCAUAAAGGGAUAUACGCCGAUGACUGCCUCGUGGAUAGAGUGACUCAGCACAAAUGCUACAUUGUUGCGACCUGCGAUAAAGAUCUGAAGAGGAGGAUACGGAAAAUCCCCGGAGUUCCCAUUAUGUACAUUUACCAAAAGAGGUACUCUAUUGAAAGGAUGCCCGAUGCGUACGGAGCACCGCGUGUGUAGUUUCCGCGGAGGAAUAAACUUGCGUUUGUCACCAAU